ACAGUCUCGGAGACUCGGAUCCAAGUACCCCCGGCCCCCAACCCAGCAAAACCCAACACAAUCCUCCCUCGCUACGCUACGCCGCGGCUGCACCGGAGGCGCACCCCGCCGGCCGCCAGCCAUGUCGAAGCCCGCGGACCAGCCCCCGCCGUCGGACAUGGAGGUCGACGCCGCGGCCGAGGAGAAGCCGCUCGUCAGGUUCUCCAUCAACGUGCUGGAGCUCAUGAGGGAGGCGCAGAUGCAGCACGGCCUCCGCCACGGCGACUACACGCGGUACAGGAGAUACUGUACCGCACGUCUCAGAAGGUUAUACAAGUCUCUCAAGUUUCUGCAUGGCCGUGGUAAAUAUACCAAGAGGAAUAUAACAGAGUCAACAGUCACAGAUGUGAGGUUUCUACACAUAGUAUUUUAUAUGGCUGAGAGAGCAUGGAGUCAUGCGAUGGAAAAGAAAACUGCUGGUCCAAAUGCACAACAGCGUAUCUACAUGUUAGGUAGAUUUAGAAAAGCUGUCAAAUGGGCAACGCUUUUUUCACAUUUAUGUUCUCUAAAAGGAGAUUCCAGGACGUCUUUGGAAGCUGAGGCAUAUGCUUCAUACAUGAAAGGUACCUUGCUGUUUGAGCAAGAGAAGAACAUAGAGGCAGCAAUGACAAAUUUCAAGAACACCAGGGCUGUAUAUGAGGAGCUUGGGAAAUAUGGGAGUAUAGAAAAUCAACUUUUAUGCCGUCAGCGCAUUGAGGAAGUGGAACCUAUGAUUGGAUUUUGCUCUCGCAAACUAGGCGGAUCAGCUUUGCAAGCACAUGAACUACUAGAUCUGGAAAAGGAGGGGCCUGCUUAUGAUCUUUUCAAGGCUAAGAUUGAGGCUGUAUUAUCUGAGACAAGAUCGCAGCAGGCAGCUUCCAUGACCGAGUUUAGCUGGCUUGGUCGCAGAUUUCCAAUUACUAAUGCAAAGACCCGUGUCUCCAUUUUGAAAGCUCAACAGCUGGAGAAAGACUUGAAUGGUGCAAACACAGAAUCAGUUCCAGCGGACAAAAAACUUGGCAUUUUUGACAAAAUAUUUUCUGCAUACCAUGACGCUCGGAGCUGCAUCCGCAAUGACUUGGCUUCUGCUGGCAAUGCUGAGAAUAUAAGAGAUGAAUUGAAUGGUCUUGACAAGGCUGUUAGUGCUGUCUUGGGAUUCAGAACCAUUGAGCGAAACCAAUUACUCGUUAGUAUUGCUAAAAGCAAGUUUACCAAGCACCGGGAUGAGAAGAAUGAGAAAAUCACAAAACCAGAAGAACUUGUUCGGUUGUAUGAUCUGCUUAUUCAAAAUACAACAGAUCUGACUGAUUUAAUUAGCUCAGGAAGGGAUAAAAACAAGGAAGAGAACACUUUUAUUCAGGAGUAUGAGCUGAAAAGUUUGGCUUUCCGAGCUGAGAGAUGUUUCUAUUUGGCAAAGUCAUACAGUUCAGCCGGUAAAAGGGCUGAAUCUUACGCGCUGUUUUGUCAUGCCCGUUCAAUCACUGAUUCUGCACUGCAACAGCUGACUAACAGUCCUGACAAGGCCUUAGUCCAAGAUCUUAAGGCUCUUUCUGACAGCUGUAGAUCCAAUAGCUUCAUAGAACAUGCGACAGGUAUUAUGGAGGAAGAGAAUGUUCCUGAAAGACUUUCGAAAGGUGUCUCAACAUUGUCACUUGGUGAACGAAAGCAGGCUUUCCUUCUUGAUAUGCUAGAAAGCUAUGAAUCAGCACUCGGUGAAUCAAAUACCAAAACACCAUGUCGCAUUGCACGAUUCCCACCUCCAUUCCAAUCAGUUCCGUGUAAUCCUAUUGUUCUUGAUAUGGCCUACAAUGCGAUCGAGUUCCCAAACAUUGAGAACAGAAUGAAGAAGGAGAAGAAGGGUCUUCUCAGCAGAUUCUGGGGCUGAAAAGAAGGGAGGGCGUAGUUCGACAGGAUUAUCUUCCUCUUGGAUUUUGAUACAUUAGUUUGGUGGUUUGAAUUGGUCUUUUCUUUUGCCAUGAACUGGAACAUGGCACUCUCGAUUGGUGGAAUGGUUUUGUUGGGCAUCCCUUUCCCCUUAAGAAUGUCAUACUUUUUUUUUGUUAGGCAAAAAAAUUUGCGUUUUCAAAGUACAUCAGUUUUGAAUGUCACACUAACUCGGUUACAUACUGUAUGAAGAGAUGAUUAGAUCGCAGUUCAGUAUUUAAAUUGUCAAGCCUAUAA